AUGGCUGAAUUUGAGUAUCACGAGGAUUUCAAUUGCGACGAGGCCGAGGAAGAGACAGUCCAGGAAUUAUUAAAGUUCGGUAUCUAUGGAGAGGAAACAACUCUCGAUGGUAUGGUUGAUACGGUCGAGAAAAAUUUGAACGACACUAAAGCUCGCGUUGCAGAGCUUAAAACUUUGUUCGGCGAUGAAGAGAACACAGGUAAGAAUUACACUAUGACCUAAAACUAUUUUAUUAUAAAUAAUGUUUAACAAUUUUACCGCUUUCUGACUCACGUUUCAUGUGCAAGAUAAUUAAUUUUUUCCGUUGCUAAGCAACCAUCUCAUUAACUUCACUGCGAUUUCAUUCGCGCACGCAAGCAAUUAGUGUUAAUUAGUGCUACAGAGCUUUUGAUUACUCCGUAUACAAGGAAUAAUAUGCUUUCCAGUUCAUAGCAAAACAAUACUAAAUAUUUCUUUUAAUAUUUGUAAUGAUUUAUAUUCCUUUCAUUCAUGUUUAGGUAAUCAUCGUGGUGCUGUUCCGAGCAAGACUGAAGUUAAUAUGAACGAUGUAAAUAUUUCUGAAAAUGAAGACACAACUUCAGUGAAUGAUUCUCCCCAUGACAUUGGUGGUGAAAUAAGCGAUACUGGAAACAAAGAUCUUGACUUGCCAAAAGUUGAGAUAAGUACUUCACACGCAAUGCCUGGUACAAUUGGUGAACCUUCAAACGAAACAACUGUCGAUGUCUCUCUCCAAACACUGGAAGCAUCUCACCAUGAUGACACAGGAGGCGAACACAAACCCGAUGUUCCUUCAAAUACAUAUAUUCCUACGAUGUUGGUUCAUGGUGGCAACGAGGCAACAGUUGACGUCUCCCUCCCAAUCUCAACAGAACCUCAUAAUAAAGAAGUGCAGAUUCUGUCUGACGUAGAAAGCAAGCACCAAUCUGUUCCUGAUGAUUCAAGCAAGGAUAGCGAAGUGGAGACAGUUCUCGUGUCAGACAAAGGAGGCGAGAUCAAAUCCAGUGAUUCAAAUUCAGAAAACAAGCUCCCUCUGACGUUGAUUCUUGUUGACGCACAUGGUGUAGAGAACCAGUCUUCUGAUGUUGAGGUCUGGAAGGAUGGCUGUCCAUUACCAUCAAGUGGACCUACUUGUUCUGAACAGCAGACUACGGACGAUGUUCACUCGUCUGGGGCUGAGGCCAUUUCCACUCAGGUAUCGACUGCCGGGUGUCUACCUGAGUGUGAAGAGCCUUGCUCCGGGUGUGUCAACAUCGAAAGUGUGAUGUCAUCAGAACAAGUUAGCCAUGCUCCAUCGACCUCCAUCAUCGAAGAUGGGACAAAAAUUGCUGGCAAGGAAAGACUUCCGCAAUAUCAAGUUGAGGGUAAGUCAAAUGAACUUAACGGAAUGAUAGGACGAAGCAUUUCGACAUCAAAGUCUUUUACUCAUGCAAAUAUUGAGUCCCAAGAAGUCACUACUAUUUGAAGUUUGUUGUAAUAGAUUGACCAAAUUAUACUAACCACAAUUUGAACCGAAAAUACACAUCGACUCAUUUAUUUCCUUUAUUAGAUGAUAAAACUGUUGUUAUUGGUAGCAGUAUGCCCAAGAACGAAGAUCAGCAAGAAAAUGGUAAAUGUAAACCGAAAAAGAAAAACAAAGGAAAGCAAAAAGCGAAAGUUCACAAGAAAGAGAAACGUUCGAAAGAUGAGAAAGUCGAGAAAACAAAUUCCAAGAAAUUUCAUCGACGACUUCUUUCUCUGUUCUGCUGUUGUUUCAAAAGGCAAGAAAGAAAUGAUCAAAAUAACGAAAUGAAACAAUCAACAACUGAGAACAAAACGCAUUGUGAAGAUACUUCUCAAAGACAUAGUUCAUUCAUAACUAUUGAUUUGAACAUUUGA